CUUACAGAUUUCCCAGGACAGCUACCUCAAAAAAGGGACAAUCGUUGGAAAACCUGGACAGGUGGCAAACUUACCUAAGGAAUUGAUGCGCUUACAAUUGCCGGGUCAUUAUGCUGCUCCACCUGUGUAGUGUUAAGAAUCUGUACCAAAACAGGUUCCUAGGCCUGGCUGCCAUGGCGUCUCCAUCUAGGAACUCUCAGAAUCGGCGCCGGUGUAAAGAACCGCUCAGAUACAGCUACAACCCUGACCAGUUUCAUAACAUGGACAUCAGGAACAACUCCCAUGAGAUGGUAACCAUUCCACGGUCCACCAGUGACACUGACCUGGUCACUUCAGACAGCCGAUCUACUCUAAUGGUCAGCAGCUCGUAUUAUUCCAUAGGACACUCACAGGACCUAGUGAUCUAUUGGGAUAUAAAGGAAGAAGUAGAUGCGGGGGAUUGGAUCGGCAUGUAUCUCAUUGAUGAGGUCUUGUCUGAAAACUUUCUGGACUACAAGAACCGUGGGGUCAAUGGCUCUCACCGUGGUCAGAUUAUCUGGAAGAUUGAUGCCAGCUCUUACUUCGUAGAGCCUGAAACAAAGAUCUGCUUCAAAUAUUACCAUGGAGUGAGUGGAGCACUACGUGCUACGACCCCCAGUGUCACGGUGAAAAACAGUUCUGCUCCCAUUUUUAAAAGCAUCACCAGCGAAGAUCCGGUCCAGGGUCAAGGAAGUCGGAGACUGAUCAGUUUUUCACUCUCAGAUUUCCAGGCUUUGGGUCUGAAGAAAGGAAUGUUCUUCAACCCAGACCCAUACCUGAAGAUUUCCAUUCAGCCUGGAAAGCACAGCAUCUUCCCAGCACUUCCUCACCAUGGGCAGGAGAAGAGAUCCAAGAUCACAUGUAAUACUGUGAACCCUAUCUGGCAAGGAGAGCAGUUCAGCUUUGUUUCCCUUCCCACGGAUGUUCUGGAAAUAGAAGUUAAGGACAAGUUUGCAAAGAGCCGGCCGAUCAUUAAACGCUUCUUGGGGAAACUUUCCAUGCCAGUGCAACGCCUGCUGGAGAGACAUGCUAUAGGGGACAGGGUUGUCAGCUACACUCUGGGACGUAGGCUUCCAACAGAUCACGUCAGUGGACAGCUGCAGUUUCGGUUUGAGAUAACUUCUUCUAUCCAUCCAGAUGAUGAAGAAGUCUCCAUUAGUGCAGAUCCUGAGUCAGCGGAACUGCAGGAAAGCCCUGUGAACAGCGCUGCAGAGGAAAUCCUUGGUGAGCCUCCCUGCACCGGCACAGUGACCUCAGAAAGUACAGCUCCAGAGCAGCUAAAUGGAUGCAAUGUGAAUGGUGUCAAUGUUGAUAGCCCUGGGGAAGUCAACCAGAACAGCUUAAAUGAAGAGCUAGCAGGAAAUAGGGAGGUUGGUGCAGUGCCAGCAGAUGCUAUUGAGUCCUUGGAAUCCAUCCCAGGGGAAGUGCUGCCUUCCCUGAGUGCUAUGGACCUCUCUGAGCAACUGGCUCUGCUGGCUUGCACGCCUCCUCCAGAGACUGAAGUUAGGGAAAAUAAUAAAGUCAAUUCUGUUACUCAGGGACACGACGACAUCUUUACCAGCAUAGAAGCUCUAGAUAUUGAUGAGGUGAGUGCAGACAUACAGACUGUCAAGGACCUAGAGAAAAUUCAGGAUGAGGAAGGGGCUUCAGCCCAGGAGGAAGAAGACAACAAGCUGCAGCUAAGAACAACAGGGAAGAGGAAAAACAGGCCCUGCUCCCUGCCUGUGUCUGAACUGGAGACGGUGAUCGCAUCAGCGUGUGGUGAGCCUGAGACCCCUCGCACACACUACAUACGGAUCCACAAUCUGCUUCACAGCCUGCCCUCAGCACAGAUGAGUAGCGAUGGAGAGGAGGAGCAGGGAGGCGGCGAGAAUGACGAAGAGUCAACAGUCAAGGAAAUGUCAGAGAAGGAUAUGGUUAGCGAGUCUGAGACGCUAGCGGCAGAUCCUCCUCCUGAAACUGGAACUGAUGAGUAUUUCAGCCGGGGGACUGUGCCCCGCAGCACCUCAAUUGAGCAUCUCUCAGACUUAAAUGAGCAGCUGUUGGAUGGGGAACAUCCCAUGACUGGAAGCGAGAGUGAAUCAAGUUCCAGACCGUAUGGGGACAAUGAGUGUGACACCUCUUGCUACAGCCCAUCCUGUUACAGCACUUCCUGCUACAGUACGUCCUGCUACAGUACCUCCUGCUACAGCCCUUCCUGUUACGACAGUAACAAUCGCUUUUCCAGCCAUACCCGUUUCUCCUCUGUUGACAGUGCAAAGAUUUCUGAGAGCACGGUCUUUUCCUCACAGGAUGAUGAGGAAGAGGAAAACAGUGCCUUUGAGUCAGUGCCAGAUUCAGUGCAAAGCCCUGAACUGGACAGGGAGCAAGUGGAUGUCUCCGCCCAGUGGCCAGAUGAACUCGUAGCUCAUGGUGGGAAUCCACAAAGAGCAACUGAGACUCUAGAGUCCCCAGUAGCAGGUCCGAGCAACAGAAGAGAAGGUGAUUGUCCUUUACUCCAUAAUUCUCAGCCCGUCAGCCAGCUUCCUUCCCUGAGGCCCGACCACCAUCACUAUCCAACUAUUGAUGAACCUCUUCCACCAAACUGGGAAGCUCGGAUAGACAGCCAUGGAAGGGUAUUUUAUGUGGAUCAUGUGAAUCGAACCACAACAUGGCAGCGCCCCACAGCAGCAGCCACUCCAGAUGGAAUACGCAGAUCUGGUUCAAUCCAACAAAUGGAACAGCUCAAUCGGCGGUAUCAAAAUAUUCAGCGGACUAUUGCAACAGAGAGGCCAGAGGAUGAUGCUGUUGUUAACAACAGAGCCGAGAGGCUCUCCAUUGGAGGAGGAAGUGACUCUGAGGCAGACUUUUCCCAGCCAAACUCAGAAAUUAGAAGAGAAGGGUCCCUUUCUCCAGUGAAUUCUCAAAAAAUCACCUUGCUGCUACAGUCUCCAGCUGUAAAGUUCAUCACCAACCCCGAGUUCUUCACUGUGCUGCACGCAAACUAUAGUGCCUAUCGAGUCUUCACCAACAGCACCUGCUUGAAGCACAUGAUUCUAAAGAUCCGCAGAGAUGCUCGGAAUUUUGAGCGCUAUCAGCACAACAGGGACCUGGUAAAUUUUAUCAACAUGUUUGCUGACACCCGACUGGAACUUCCACGGGGUUGGGAGAUCAAAACAGAUCAACAGGGCAAGUCCUUCUUUGUUGACCACAACAGCCGUGCUACCACUUUCAUCGAUCCUAGGAUCCCACUUCAAAAUGGCCGUCUCCCUAAUCAUCUGACUCACAGGCAGCAUCUCCAGCGACUUCGCAGCUACAGUGCUGGAGAGGCAUCGGAAGUCUCCCGGAAUAGAGGCGUUUCUCUGUUGACCAGACCAGGCAACAGCCUAGUAACAGCUAUUCGAAACCAGCACCAUCAUGAGACAUUACCUCUGGCUUACAAUGACAAGAUUGUUGCAUUUCUACGCCAACCAAACAUUUUUGAGAUGCUGCAGGAGCGUCAGCCAAGCUUGGCCAGGAACCAUGCACUCAGGGAGAAGAUCCAUUACAUUCGGACAGAGGGUACACAUGGGCUUGAAAAGUUGUCCUGUGAUGCAGAUUUAGUAAUUCUACUGAGCCUCUUUGAAGAGGAUAUUAUGUCUUACAUACCCUUGCAGGCUGCCUUCCACCCUGGCUACAGCUUCUCUCCUCGCUGUUCGCCCUGCUCCUCACCUCAGAACUCUCCAGGAUUACAGCGAGCUAGCGCAAGAGCGCCUUCUCCAUAUAGGAGAGACUUUGAAGCCAAGUUACGCAAUUUCUAUCGAAAACUUGAAGCCAAAGGAUAUGGGCAAGGUCCAGGUAAAAUUAAGUUAAUUAUACGGCGUGAUCACUUGCUGGAAGGCACCUUCAAUCAGGUGAUGGCUUAUUCACGCAAGGAGCUUCAGCGGAACAAACUCUAUAUCACGUUUGUAGGAGAGGAAGGCUUGGACUACAGUGGUCCCUCCCGAGAGUUCUUCUUCCUUCUGUCUCAGGAGCUCUUCAAUCCUUACUAUGGCCUGUUUGAGUAUUCAGCCAAUGACACUUACACUGUACAGAUCAGCCCCAUGUCUGCGUUUGUGGAAAACCACCUUGAAUGGUUCAGGUUCAGUGGUCGUAUCCUUGGCCUUGCUCUCAUUCAUCAGUACCUUCUUGAUGCUUUCUUCACGAGGCCAUUCUAUAAAGCACUACUGAGGCUGCCAUGUGAUUUAAGUGACUUGGAGUACCUGGAUGAGGAGUUUCAUCAGAGCUUGCAGUGGAUGAAGGAUAACAACAUCACUGAUAUCCUGGAUCUCACUUUCACAGUGAACGAGGAGGUGUUUGGCCAGGUGACAGAAAGAGAGCUGAAAUCUGGGGGUUCAAAUACACAGGUGACAGAAAAGAACAAGAAGGAGUACAUUGAGAGAAUGGUAAAGUGGCGUGUGGAACGAGGAGUGGUUCAGCAAACAGAGGCUCUAGUCCGUGGCUUCUAUGAAGUUGUAGACUCCAGGCUCGUCUCCAUUUUCGAUGCCAGAGAGCUAGAGCUGGUGAUUGCAGGCACUGCAGAAAUAGACCUCAAUGACUGGCGUAACAACACAGAAUAUCGUGGAGGUUACCAUGAUGGGCAUAUUGUAAUUCGGUGGUUCUGGGCAGCAGUGGAGAGAUUUAACAAUGAACAGAGGCUACGGUUCUUGCAGUUUGUCACUGGAACAUCUAGUGUGCCAUAUGAGGGGUUUGCAGCCCUUCGAGGGAGCAAUGGUCUGCGGCGCUUCUGUAUAGAGAAAUGGGGAAAAAUAACAUCCCUUCCAAGGGCACACACAUGUUUCAACCGCUUGGAUCUUCCACCUUACCCAUCUUAUUCUAUGCUGUAUGAAAAGCUGUUGACAGCUGUUGAAGAAACUAGCACGUUUGGACUUGAGUGAGGGAAUUCAGGCACUUCUGAUAUUUUCCUGGCUGAUGAUGUCACCUUCCUUCCCCACCAUCAUAUGAUCUUGGUUUUCCAUGUUUUUAUUUAUGAAAACAAAAAUCAGGAUUGACAAAAGCUGUGCAUGAAGAACUGCCUCCCUAAGAUCUAACCUUCAUGCUUUCAUCCUCAGUUUCCAAUGGACUCCUGUAUGCAAUAGAAAAACAACUGUCUCAAGGUUUCUGUAUGUCUCCACAUACCUCCAUUAAUAAUAAUGAAAAUACAAAUGCAGGUUAUGUUACACUUGACCAAAUGUUGAUAAAUGUUUACUUCCACCUACGUUGAUUAAAAAAUAAAUAACCUCAUCAACCAUUCCAAGCUUCUAUAUGCCUGUGUCUUCUAAACAAAUCCACAGUUCAUCUUACUUCUUACCAGUUGAAUUCAGUCCUGGGAGGUGGUCAAGCGUUUCUUUCAUCCAUCCUUGUUUUUCCUGUACAUAUCGUCCAUCAUAGAGAUAUCUAUGAGUAAAACUGAAAUUUUUAUACAUGGACUCAAGAUCCACAUCAACCGGAACUGGCCCAGGCAAAUGAUGCAGAUAAGACAUUAAAAAAAAAACCUGUAAUCCAAUGCAAAGUAUUCCAGUGGUUGCUAUGGAUGGUUACUUGUCGUACUGCAAAGAACUUGCACUUCAGACAUUUUGGGAGGGGCAUCUCUAUUGUAAUGUUUACCACACAAGAAGCACAAAUUUGUGCACACUCAAGAAGGAUGUCUCAUUAUGUAGCAUAAAGGACAAGGAUCCCUUACCUAAAUAUUGUACAUGACAAAGAAAAGGGGACUAAGAAGAAUGUUCUGUUCUUGUUAAUAUCUUUGGAUUCUGUUUACUGAUUCUUUGUUAUCUGAUGUUUAAAACACAUCCUUACAAAUGAGAAGUAUAGACAAUCCCGUCCCUUAUAUCAGAAGCCAUUUAUUUCUUGUCAGGCAGGGCUAACUUCUGGUUGUUGUUUUUUCCCUUUGUUGUCAAAUGCAAACCUCCAUAACCUCAGAAUUGGUUGUGCACAGAAGGGUUUAGACAAAGUUAUUAAAUGUGCAGCUGCAGCGAGAUUGUAUCUCUCUUUUGCUUAAGCAUUUGUAGCAAUUCUUCUUGGAGUGAAGCUCAAUGACCCACAUGGCCUCAUUAGGUACCACCAAAUUAAAGAUCUAGUUCUUUUGCGGUGCCUAAUUAAGACCUCAAAUUCUUUAAUUUUGUGGGCUUCACCUUUCAGCUCCAAAGCCAGGAAAGGCAAGGCACACAGCAGCAUGCUUGUCUUUGAUGCAUAUUGCUGAGGCUAUUACAAUCAAACCCACAGCACUGGUUGUCUCCAACUUUUAACCUUUGCUGCCCUUGUUUUCCAAAACUAAUUGUGGAUUGAAAGUGUUUGUCUUAACUGGGAAAAUGUGAAGUGAGCUCGAUAGGGUCAAAGACUACCCAUAACAAAAACUAAGUGAAAUAUACAGGGUAAUUCUGUCUUAAUAGGAGCAAUAGCUCACGUGAAAAGGAUGGCAGUCAGAUACCACACCCAUCUGUGUCUCUGUUACUAUGCUCAUUUUAUUGUUAUACUUCCAGGAGUGGCGCCAGGUUUUUGCCUCCCCAGGCGGCAGUGCUCCGCCUCUGAGCAUGCGGCAUCAGGGGUCCUUCCGCUCCAGGUCUUCGGGGCACUUCGGCGGCGGGUCCCGGAGCGAAUGAAGGACCCGCCGCCGAAUUUCCGCCGAAGACCCAGAGCGGAAGGACCCGCCCGCCGCUGAAUUUCUGCUGAGGGUGGCAAAAUGGCACCCCCCAAAUCCUGCCGCCCUAAGCGACUGCCUAGGAUCGCCUAGUGGAAGCGCCAGCCCUGUAUACUUCAGAAAGCUGUCAAGUUUACAGACUAAUUCAACAUCCAAUACAUUCUGUUCUUAUAAACCUACCCUUCAAAGAACAUAGGCCCAGCCUUUCCACGCGUUUUUACUGACGGACAUAUUUAGCUAUUAAUACGUUAAUGUGUAUAUGAUUGUUUUCUAAUAUUUUUGAAUGAUUUUCUUCUUGAUUUUAAAGUUAGGGCAUGUCUUAACAGUGACAGGUAAAGACAUGCUUCUAAGCAGAAAUACUAUAUUUUGAUUUAAUCAGAAUAUGAAUUUUUAAAGUGCUCCAUUAAUUCUACGUCACUAAUAUUUGAUGGCCAUUUAACAGUAUUUUUAUUAUGUGUUUCUUUUAAGUAUUUAUUUUAGAAUACACAUUGUUAUUUAUUUAUUAAAUUAUUUAUUAAUGUAUUUGUAUUAUGGUAGCCACUAGGGACCCCAACUAUGAAUCAGGGCCUCAACACUCGUGUAAAAACACAGCGUCGGUCCCAAAGAACUCUCAGUUAUAUAGUCAGAUAUUGUGGGUGUUAUUGCUCACAAUAAUUAUGUAACCUGCUUCUUUAUGCAUCUAUUACAUCAGGGUGAAUUAUAUGAGAGUGCAUUAUACCAGGAUUGCCACAAAGGCUCUGGCUCUGAUGCUGCAGCGUGGUCAGCAACCUCAACCCCAUUCAGUAGGAGCAUCUCAUAGGUUGGGUCCCAAAGGCCAAUUUUUUGUGCAAGAUUCCUGUUUCAUCCCUGACAGAAUCAUUACAAAAUAACAUGCAUUAUAUUCAUGCAUUAUCUUCAACAGUACAAGAAAAUAAGCAAAGACAAGUAGCCAUCUGGUUGGUCCCAGAUUGGCGAAAGAAAACUGUACAUCAAGAGCUGUCUCGCUAAUAUAAAAAUGGGGGGGGGGGAAUUCCAGCUUUUAAAUAACUGUAUAGUUAGAAUUUUUUAAAAUAUUAAAAUAUUUCAAAGCUGUAUUUUAUUAAAAAAAUAAACUAUUUUUUGUAGCAUAAUAAAAGAUAUUUGUAUUUGCACAGGCAGCAUCUAGCCCCAGACUGAAACAAGAAAGACUCGCUCCUGAAUUCCUUCUUCAGAUCAGGUUCUAACAUGGGCCAUAUGCUAGGGGUUAGAAUAGGUUGUAGGCAUCUACAUACUUGACAGUUAUCAUGUCAAGCAACUUGGUGUUCUGGAUAAAGAAAAUAUAUGGCAUGGCCAGCUUCUUUUCCAUCAAAAUCUCUGGCAAAAACACUUCUGCAAGUGCACGGCAUGGAAAUAUUUAAAAAAAGCUGUUUUCUCAGAUGAUUCUGAUAGCAUCAAAAUGGAAACACCCUGCAUAUUAUUGGAUCAAAAAUAAUAAGUAGGGGAAACCAAAUGACUCUUUUUCUGCAUGUCCUCAUAAUCCUUCUACACAUGCUUUUGCUAGACUUGUCACCAACACAUUGAAACGGGGAAAAGAAAACACCAUAUUUUAUCUUUUUUUUCUCCUCCAGAAACUUCAUCUGAUCCUAGCUUUUUAAUUCUCUUCCCCUGAUAAAGUCCUUCUCAAGUAAUUUUCACACAUUGACAUCUCUGGAAUAUCAUUUCUUAUGAUGGUUUGCAUAGUUAACAUCUCACAACAGGAACACCCUAUUCAUUCUGUCUUAUCCAUUUAUUGAUCCUUUUAUUUCAAAAACACAUACACAAGAGGAACUGUUUCCCAUGUUCUUCAAUUCAAAUUCCACUACUUAUCUAUAAAUGAGAGAGAAUUCUGAUCUCUCCACAGGUCUGCACAUUCAUCGUAAAAAUUUGGGUUAUUCAUGAGAGCCAUUUUUUCUUGGCCCUUCCCCAGGAAGGAAUAAAAGGUUUUCCACAAGGAAGACUACUGUGAAGCAGAUUAAAGAUGCACAGACCAAUCAUAACCCAUUCAAUUCUCUUCUUAAAAUGUUGUGGUCUAUCAUUAUGUUAAAAUACGAUAUUGGUAUCAAUACACAGAUUUUAGGCUGCGAGAAAAACAGAUAAGUGUUGUAAAUGACAUUCUUUUAAGUUCUGGGGUCCAAAGGCACCACAAAACUGAAAGCAAAUAGGCCAGUCUACAUUUAGUUUUGCAUAGAAAUCAUGAGUUUUGUAAAGUUAUGAUGAGAAAAUAUAAAUGUUCCCUAGUUUGCUCAAGUGCAUAUGAAAUUUCAAGUAACUGAUCGAAUUGUAAAUUUGCAACCUAAACUGAAAACCCAGACUGUUUUGUUUUUUUAGGUUUCAUCGUAACAAAUGUUUGACAUAGCCUCAGUUGGAGAUUGACAAGUUUCAGAGUAACAGCCGUGUUAGUCUGUAUCCGCAAAAAGAAGAACAGGAGUACUUGUGGCACCUUAGAGACUAACAAAUUUAUUAGAGCAUAAGCUUUCGUGGACUACAGCCCACUUCUUCGGAUGCAUAUAGAAUGGAACAUAUAAUGAGGAGAUAUAUAUACACACAUACAGAGAGCAUAAACAGGUGGGAGUUGUCUUACCAACUCUGAGAGGCCAAUUAAUUAAGAGAAAAAAAAAAAAAAAAAAAAAAACUUUUGAAGUGAUAAUCAAGCUAGCCGAGUACAGACAGUGUGAUAAGUGUGAGAGUACUUACAAGGGGAGAUAGAGUCAACGUUUGUAAUGGCUCAGCCAUUCCCAGUCCUUAUUCAAACCGGAGUUGAUUGUGUCUAGUUUGCAUAUCAAUUCUAGCUCUGCAGUCUCUCUUUGGAGUCUGUUUUUGAAGUUUUUCUGUUGUAAUAUAGCCACCCGCAGGUCUGUCACUGAAUGACCAGACAGGUUAAAGUGUUCUCCCACUGGUUUUUGAGUAUUUUGAUUCCUGAUGUCAGAUUUGUGUCCAUUAAUUCUUUUGCGUAGAGACUGUCCGGUUUGGCCAAUGUACAUGGCAGAGGGGCAUUGCUGGCACAUGAUGGCAUAUAUCACAUUGGUAGAUGUGCAGGUGAACGAGCCCCUGAUGGCAUCACAACAGGUGGGGUAGGGAGUAGAGAAAAGGUCAUAAUUUGAAGGAGUCAGCUAAGACCUUUGAGCAAAAAAUAAAAAAGUUUUCAUUAUUUUCAUAUGUAUAUAUACUUGAAUACUUAGAUAUUACCUGGCAGGUUAAAUUCAUCCGUGGUGUUAAUCCUGCUGAUAUAGAUGGGGUUCCAGCAGGAUGAAUUUGGCUUUAGAAUUCUUUGAUUAAUUUAUGUUAAAAUCAUGAAUGUUCAGCCUGUCUUCAUAGCAACAUGAACAGGGCUUCCCAGUGAAGAUUAAACACUUUCACUCACAUGCAGACCAACAAACCUUUCUACAACAAAUGUGGUGCUUAUUAUUACUAUUGCUGUAUCUCGGAGUUUGUUAUUAAAAAUGACUGCAAUAUACUACAAAUCUGGGAUAGGUUUUCCAGCUAUAACAAGAUCCAAAAAAUUGGAUUGUUAUAUUCUUCCUAAUGAGUCAUGUAGUCCCUUUGUUCUAGUAGACAAACAGAUGCCUGUAGAUAGUAGGUACUAGGUAUAGUAAAUAUUGUACCAUUAGCCAAAUUCCCUGCAGCUUCCAAUUUAUCUAAAAGAAAUGUCUAUUAUUGUUUUGUUAAAGACUUCAUACAAGUCAAUGGCAGUAAAAGUCCUCGUUAUUGGACUGAUUUUGCUUAUAUUGACAGGAAAAUGUCACAUGAUACUCAGGCUGCGCUUUCUAUUCAAUCAUAUCACUAUACAGGAAUGUCAAUAAAAUCACUUUGUUAUGGCA